AUGGAGUGCCUUGCUGCUCUGUUGGCAGAAGUGAAAGCUAGCCAGGAGGCCAUGCAGGCUGGACAGAAGGAACUGAAGCAUGAAGUGGAAGCAUCUCAAAAAGAAAUCAGAACAGUGUUGGCACUGCAGAGGAGCCAGCAUCAGGUGAAAGAAGAUCUCAAAGCGGAGGUGAAGUCCAGUCACUUGGAUAUUAGAACUGUGCUUGAGGAAAUCCAACGAGUAAGAGAAGAAAUGGAAACUCGAUUAAAUACUCAGGCUGAUUUGGUCUUACUGAUCAAAGAAGUGAGCACCAAUUUAACAUGUGUAGACAAGGCUUUCCAGAAAAUGGAGGAGAGGCAGAAAGUUUUUACCAGCCUGCAUCUUUCUUCAAGAGAAAAUGUUGAGCAAGGAUUUUUCUUUGAAAAUUGCUUACACAAGGCACACAUGAGUUUUGAAAAACCUGUGGAAGCUAACAGUUUGGAUGAGGAAUGUGAAAAGAAGGUGCUUAGGGUUGACAAGGGCAAGCAGCGGAGUCCCAAGAGCUCGUGCAUACAGACCCAAGCCUCCACAGAUGUGCAUUCGCCUGGCACAAAACCAGCUGAGUUGACACAGUACAAAACAAAAUGUGAGACCCAAAGUGGAAUCAUCCUGCAGCUGAAAAAAUUCCUGACAAGCAGUAACCAGAAGUUUGAAGCAUUAACAGUUGUGAUCCAGCACCUGCAAUCUGAGAGGGAAGAAGCACUAAAGCAGCAUAAAGAGUUAUCUCAAGAACUAGUCAACCUUCGAGGAGAACUAGUAACCACUUCUGCAGCUUGUGAGAAAUUGGAAAGAGACAGGAAUGAGCUACGAGUUGUUUAUGAAGGAUUUUUGCAGAAGUUAAACCAGCAACAUCACAAUGAUUUAGCUGAGCUGGAGGAAAGGCUUAAACAGUUUUACACUGCAGAAUGUGAGAAACUCCAAAGUAUCUGCAUUGAAGAAGCUGAGAAGUACAAAGCGCAACUCCAGGAGCAGGUGGACAACUUAAAUAUCACACAUGAAAACUUUAAGUUGGAACUUGAAAACAGCCACUCAGAAAAAGUAGAGGAGCUGAAAAAGGAGUAUGAAUCCUCUUUUUCAGAACUCAAGAGUGCCCAUGAAUCUGAAAGGAAGUCGCUUGAAGAUUCCUUUAAAGAGAAGCAGGAAUUACUAGAGAAAAAGAUUGAUGAAUUGAAAUGUGAAAAUGACUCUCUGAGUGAGAAGUUGAAAUUAGAAGAGCAAAAACAAAUAGCCAAAGAAAAAGCCAACCUUAAAAACCCGCAGAUCAUGUAUCUGGAACAGGAGCUGGAAAGUUUGAAAGCAGUGCUGGAGAUCAAGAAUGAGAAACUCCAUCAGCAGGAUAUAAAGCUAAUGAAGAUGGAAAAACUGCUGGAGAACAACACAAUCUUAAUGGAUAAAUUAAAGAAGGUUCAGCAAGAAAAUGAAGAAUUAAAAGCUCGGAUGGACAAACAUGUGGAGCUUUCAAGGCAACUUUCUACAGAGCAAGCCGUUCUACAGGAGUCACUAGAGAAAGAAUCAAAAGUAAACAAACGCCUGUCAAUGGAAAAUGAAGAACUUCUCUGGAAGUUGCACAAUGGUGACCUAUGCAGCCCAAGGAAACUGUCUCCCAGUUCUCCAUCUGUGCCUCUUCAGUCCCCACGAAAUUCUGGUAACUUCUCCAGCCCUACAGUAUCACCAAGAUGACAUCUCUUGAGAAAAAGAGGGGAUUGCAUUUCAUGUGAUCUGCAGAACCAAUCCCAACUUUAAUCACAGGAACAAGAGCUAUAUUAGCUGACUAUGACAACUAAACAUAACUGGAAACUAUCUGGUGCAAAAAUAGUGAUAUGAGACUGAGAAUAUGGGAGUAAGACUUUCAUGUUGCUCCUCCCAAAAAAGACUUGCUUAUGACCUCUAUGGACAUUGUUGCACAAAGCACUUACAGAGCAAGGAAAGACUUGUUCAUUGCCUUUUCACCGAACUAUAAGAAAAAGCUCAGGGGCUUAGAGAUAAAGAACACAACCUUUAUAAUAUGUUCCUUAUCACAGACACUUUUUUUAAGGCUGUGUGUAUGUGUGUGCUGUGGAUGGAAUGGAUGCAACACACUGUGCGUGUGUCUAAUGCUGCCUUCUUUGCUGCGUAUGUAAUAAAGGACAAAAGCUGAAGAC